GCUGCCCGUCUCAUAAUGAAACUCCCUCUCUGGCCCCUCGUGGCCUUACCCCUCUCAGCCGCCCUCGUCUUCCCCUUUCACCAGAAUCACCUCCCCAAGGAUGAUCAUAGUAUCACCAUCGACGACGAGAACAUAGACUCCGACCUAAUCAAUGGCAUAACCACCACCCUCGCAACAGCCCUCGACCACCUCACAACCGACAUCUGGCCCACCAUCGUGGACAACUCCUUCAACUACCGCUCCAGUGAUGGCCUCCAUCACUACGCCCAGCAAGUCUCCGAACUCGCUCCGCCCUUCCGCCAUCCCUCUCCACCCCCAUACCUCCGCCACCCCGCAUCCAACAAGACCCUCUACGACCUCAUCCUCUCCGACCCCGACACUUCCCUCCUCGCCCACUUCAUCCGCAACGACCCGCACCUCACACACCUCCUCAACAACACCUCCGCCAACCUCACCUUCUUCGCUCCUACCGACGCAGCCAUUCACAGACUCCACCACCAUCAUCACCACCACCAUGGGCAUAAUACCAACAACAAUGAAGAUGCCCAUGACCGCAUCCGCCACAUCCUCACCUACCACACCGUCAAGGGAUCCUAUCCCAUCGAUAGACUCUUCCACUCGCCUACAAUCCCGACUCAUAUACCUACUGAACCUAAUCCCAACUCCCUCCCGCAACGCAUCACCGUCCGUCCAAUCAUAACGCGCAACAUCAUGCUCAAUUUCCAUAGUCGCGUCAUCUCCCUCGAUAAACACGCCUCCAAUGGCGUCCUUUAUCACAUCGACUCAGUCCUCCUGCCUCCUCCUGCUGCCCUCAAUUUACUUGACAUCAUCCCUCUUGAGUUCAGCACCUUUACACUAGCCCUGUACAAAACCGGUCUGGACAGGGUACUUAACACCUCCAUCACCAGCAAAAACCGAAACCUCCAAAGCCCCAACCUGCAAGACAACGACAUCAGACAAACACAACUACCCAAAUCAUCCCCAAAUAAAGAAAAAGAAAAGAAAGGAGGAGGAGGAGGUUUAACCCUCUUCCUCCCCACCAACUCCGCCUUCAGCGCAACAUUCACCCCGCAAGCCCUCGCCUUCCUCUUCUCCCCAGAGGGAAGUACAUACCUCUCCGCGAUUAUUAAAUACCACUUCGUGGUUGGUGAAACGCUAUACUCGGAUACAUUGUACACGAAACACGGGGAUAUAGUCCCUCUUCCAUCGAGGGAUGUAUCUCAUCUAGAGAUGGGGAGUUUAUUACAUGGAGUUCGCUCACACCCUAGUUUUGAUGGUAGUGAUGAAGGAAAGGCGGAGACCCUCUUCAUCGACGCGAAACGCCACGGCGCGUAUCCCUUCUUCCGGGUGAACGGGUACCAGGGCAUCAAGACGAUGGAUUUGUUAUCGGUGGAGGGGAACAUGCAUGUUUUGAAUGAGAGGGUGUUGGUGCCGCCGAAACGGGUGGGCGAUGGGGAGAAGUAUGCGGUUGAUGCGAGGGAGAGGGAAGAUGGGUAUUUGAUGGGGGUCGAGGAGGUGAGGGAGAGGUUGAGGGGGUUUUUGGUGGAGGAUGAUUACUAUGCUUCCAGGGGUGGGUUGUAAAGUUGGAAUUAUGAUCUGGUUAUAGAUGUGAUAUGUGGUCGUGGUUCCUUUCUUUUCCUUGUUAUAUACUCUACUUAGUGGGGUCAUUGUUCUUGUCUCUACACUACACUAAAUAUUGGAUUACUAUACUGGUAUUGGGAUAAUAAGCU